CUUACUAGACGUCAAAGACACAUUGAGAAACGUGGUGAUCUGGUUGUGUGUUUUCAUUCCUGCUGGAUAGUUUCACGUUCAUUUCAUCAGCUGCUGCUUUUAUAUUGGAAUUAUGAUGCUGAAUACAGGCAAGGUGCACGGCGGCAUUGACCUCAUUGACCUGCUGCUCAGGAACACGGAUGAAACCACCGGUUGUCACAGCAACCAACCAUGGACUAUCGAAAAUAAUGAAACCCAGAGCCCCAGGGGAAGUUCUGCUGAUGACUUCCUGGACACCCUGCUGGGGCGGAGCGACUCCUCCUCGGCUCCAGCGUCCCCCCUGUGGUCACCCUGCACCAUCGACAGCGGCAUCAACGAGGACGCCUCGACAGAGCACAGAGAGGGCCUUCCCCCCCACUUAUGCACAGCUUUCCCAGCCUUUGACCUGUCGUCUUUCCCACAGCCUGCACUUCCAGAGAACCAGCCAUCACCAAAUGAAAGAAACUCGGACGUUUCCAUUGAUCUAGGCUGGGAGUCCGAUGACCUUCAAGAGCAGUUUGGCAUUGCACACUACCUCACUACGAGCCAAACCUCCACUCAGACUCUCACAGUGAAGGACCUGCUGCUCUCUAGCCCAGGACAGACAGCGCUGCAAUAUCCCCAGCAUUGCCUGCAGGAGCUUAUACUAAAUGAGGAUGAGAAGAAGCUUCUGGCUAGAGAAGGGGUGAACUUACCCGGAAAACUGCCCCUGUCCAAGUUUGAAGAGAAGAUUUUGAAGAAAAUCCGUCGGAAGAUCCGCAACAAGUGCUCAGCUCAAGAGAGUCGGAAGAAGAAGAGGGAAUAUGUUGAUAGUCUGGAGGGAAGGAUGUCCGCAUGUAGUGCUCACAACCUCAAGCUGCAGAGAAAGAUCCAGCAGUUGGAGGAGACCAACAGUGAUCUGCUGGAGCAGCUCAGCCGCCUGCAGGCUCUCGUUCCUAACGGCUCCGGCAAAACACACAGAGGGACCUGCAUCCUGGUUUUGCUCCUGUCCUUCUCCCUCCUCAUUCCUUCAAAUCUUCAACCAGACCCCUACAGUCAACCGAGCCAAGGAGAGUACACACAAACCAAAGUUCCGUCCCGCAACCUGCAGUCAAUGGAUGAAGGGCGGGGAGUCCCUCCUGUUUCUCUCUGCUCCGUCUCCAGGGGCGUUGAGGCCCUGUGCCGAAUGAUGGAGAAACUUUGACGCUGAACACAUCCCCCCAUGAUCACAAGCAUGGGGAAAAUCACUGAUUUACACGGGACCCCCAGGGAGAAAGACAAGCAAUAGAAAAGCAGACUUGCUUGCAUGCGCAGCAUCCAGAUGAGCAGUCUGAAUAAUUUUCAGCGUCCAUUUCCCACUGCAGAGACUGAAUGAAGUGUUAUGGUGCACUUGCCAUCUGCUCCAAAGCACAAGUAGCUAGUUAAAAAAUGUAACUGAAAUUCACCCUCUCACUCAGAUUGAGGUCGGCCAGGAGGUCAUCUAAACAUUUCUAAUUCUUCAUUAUGCCUGGAAAAUGGAGCCUAGUGGAGCAUGUAUUAUAUACAUGAUACUGCAAAAUGUAUGACAUUUUAAAAAACACAAUUGUGUACUAUACUACUACUGUAUUUGAAUACUUACUUUGAAUGUACGUCUUAUCAGAAAUGAUUUGCAUUUUGUAACGCUUCAGUGCAAUGCUGACAAAGCACAAGAGAAUUAAAAGUUUACUGAAAUAA